AUGGCAAUUACAAAUGAUGAGAACAAUCACUCACCAGCAAAUGAAUCCCCGACGACCAGUGCAACUAGAUUUGCCACAAUCGAUCAUAAUCACCCUCUCUACCUUCAACCUACAGAUACUCCAGCCAGCUCUCUGAUUUCUCUUCAAUUGACAGGCUCAGAUAACUAUGCUAUAUGGAGUAGAUCUAUGCGAAUUGGUUUGUUAGGCAAAAGCAAGUUUGGUUUUGUGGAUGGAAGGUACCCUAAGUUUAAAUUUGUACCUGAUCUACAUGACCUAUGGGAAAAGGUGAAUGCUAUGGUUUUGUCGUGGAUAAUGAAUGCAGUACGACCAGGAUCGCUAAGUACUGUUUUCUAUGCGUUAAAUGCUCACAAGGUCUGGAAAGAUCUGAAGGAAACGUUUGAUAAAGUGAAUAGAUCUAGAGUCAUUCAUCUCCACAGGGAGAUUCAUACUCUCAUUCAAGGAACUAUGUCUGUUGCUGACUAUUUCUCUAAGCUUAGAGACUUGUGGGGCCUAAAUGAUUCUUAUUCACAAGCUAGGAGUCAGAUGAUGAUAAUGUCUGCAGUAGUGCAAGUUGCAGAAGUUGCUGAAGGUAAUGCAAUGUUCAGUAACAGAGGUCUAGUAACUGCAAGGGGAAAUCCCAGGCCUCAGAAGAAGAUCCCUCAGUGUGAUUACUGCCAUUGCAAAGGACAUACAAAGGAGACCUGUUACAAGUUAGUUGGUUAUACCCCAGACUUCAAGUCUAAGAAGAAAGGAGUUACUAGCAACAAUCCAGAAAUGGCCUUUGGAAUGCAGAAUCAGCAGAAUCACCAAAUACCUCAGCAGCUUGUUCAACACCCCACUCCUUACUUUACACAGGAGCCUCCACAAUCAGUAAUUCAGAAGUCUGUUCAGCAACCAGCUCCCUUCUUCGCACAGGAACAGUAUCAACAAAUUGUUCAGCUGCUUGACAAAGGCAUAGAUGAAGGCACCUCUUGCAAGACUGCAGCAGCAGGUACUCUGAUUACCCUGGUAUCUCAAUUUGUUAACAAUAGAUGGAUAAUAGAUAUUGGAGCUUCAAACCACAUGACAUCCACCCUGCAGUUAUUAAAAUCUUGUCAGCCUGUUCCAGAGUAUGAGAGAAACAAAGUACAUUUACCUACAGGAGAAGUAGCAUUAGUUACACACAUAGGAAAAUCCUCUGUGUUCACUAAUCAGGACAUCAGUGAUGUUCUAUAUUUACCGGAUUUCAAGUACAACAUGCUUUCAGUAUCUAAACUUACCAAGGAGUUACAUUGUUUAUUGGCAUUCUUCCCUGACUUCUGUAUCUUUCAGGAUCUCUACAGUGACCAGGGAAGCUCACUGCAAGGAAGUUCAUUACCUACUACAGCUAAGUCUUCAGACAAUGUAGUUAAUGCAGUCAAUAAAGGUGGUGUUAUAGCUGAUAGUGAGAACAAUAAUAGUAGUGCUAGUGUUUCUGGUUCUUGUUCACAAUGGAAUAUGAGAUUAUGCCAUGCACCUAUUGAGGUGAUUAGAAAGCAUGAGUUUCUUAGCAAACUAAAAUCAUGUGAUGAAUCAUUUUGUACUGUGUGCCCUUUGGCCAAGCAAACAAAAUUACUUUUUCAAUUGAGCACUACUGUCUCACAAGCUGCAUUUGAAUUAAUACAUUGUGAUGUUUGGGGACCUUACAGGGUCCCAACAUAUGAUGGGAAAAGAUUCUUUGUUACAAUUGUAGAUGACUUCACUAGACACUCUUGGAUCUGCCUAAUUGUCUCUAAGGCAGACACCAUAUUUGUGCUAAGAGAUUUCUGA